AUGACUCAUUCUCGUUCAAUCAGUUUACCGUCCAGACCUCAUCCUUCAGCCGCAGAUGUAGAGGAGCAGUUGUGUAGACUGAGGUCAUCAGAUGAAACAUCCACUUCAACGCUAUGCAAUAAACUAAGUGGACUAAAAUACUUGUAUGAAUGUGUGGAUGACUAUCUUCAAUUGCCAAUGAGGCAUUCCAGCGAUUCUGAAGAAGCUCUUGGUGCAUCUAUCAGGCUGCUGGAUUUGUGCAACUUAACUAAAGAAGCAUUCUCCCAAAUGAGAGCUUCUGUGCAAGAUCUUGAGUCAUCUCUUCGAAGAAGAGAAGCUGAUGUAUCAAGCAAAAUUGGAAGCUACUUGAUCUGUAUGAAAAAGGUCAACAAAAUGGUUUCCAAGUGCCUUGCUAGUUUCAAGAAGUCUCAAAAUAAAAAAUGCCAUGAGACUUCUGCUACUGUGAGCCUGCUAAGAGAGGUCGAAGAAGUCAGUAUAACGAUGUUCGAGUCCCUUUUCUCAUCAGUAUUUCCAGCAAAGGAAACAUCAAAGCAAAACCGGUGGUCAUUGGUUUUCAAGUCAAAACAAUCCAAGCGUGUACACGAAGUCAGUGAAGGCAAAGUUGAGGAAAUGCAAAUGGAUAUUGAAGCAAUAUACAAGCAGAAAAUCAACAUGGAGUCUGAUUUCUCAAGAAUCCAAGGAGCACAAAAGUGUUUGAUGGCACUUGACAAGAACAUGCAACAAUGUGAGGAGGAUCUAGAAUGUCUUUACAGAUCUUUGAUAAAGACUAGAGUCUCUAUUCUCAAUGUGCUUAACCAAUAG